AUGGAGAUCUUCAAAAAUGCAAUUAAGACUAUCCCUGUGUCGGAUUAUUCAGCCUCUGUAUCAAAAGCGGUUUUGUCAUCUUACAAAGCCUACCUUUCUAUCGAAGAUAUUAUCGACAUAAGAAGUCUAGCCAAUAAUACUUCCUCCACACAAACACUUGCUGUAAACAAGGCGGUAUAUUCUCUGGGAGAAAUUAUAAAGGUUAACAUCAGACUUUAUGAUGGAUACGGAAAACCACUCACAUACGGCGGAGAUGUUCUCAGAAUAUGGCUGACAAGUACAGCCAAUAACGCAAAUGCCAAUGGCUACGUCAUUGAUCACGGAAAUGGGUCCUACACAGGUCACGUGAUUGCCUUAUGGACAGGUAAAAGUGUCAUUAAGACAUCGAUAGCGGCAACUAAAGAGCAAAUUGCAGUCGUUCAAAAAUAUAUAGAAAAACAUGGAUUACUGCAUGAUAUGGUGGCUGGAUUUACAAAAGAUAAUGUUGUAGAACGAACGCCUUGCAGUGUGAAACCCGAUGUGUUAGGAUUGACGGACAUGUGUAAUUUUACCAACGAUAACUAUGGUCUUCACUGGUUCUGUGGGAAGCCAAGCAAUCCGUCACUAAAUUGCAAGGAUUGGAAGUUCACAAAAGGUCAUCGUACAGAUCAUUUAACUAAACCAGAGAGGAAAAUUGCAAGGAUCCACAAACAUAUGCAUUUACAGAAAAGUCCGGAAAUAACGAUAUCAGGAAGUGCAGAUUUCAUACGAUCUCCAGAUCUGCCAUGCUACAAGAGACCAAGUAACGAAACAUGGCUAGAGGAGUCUCCUGUUGGUUUUUAUUAUCACGGAAAAAGGCACCAACGGGGCUGUAGAAACACCUUUAUACCUACCAAGAUUUCAUAUGAAAAGUGCUUACGGAAUCAGUACCUGUUUUUGAUUGGCGAUUCAAAUAUCCGCUCGUGGUUUGAUCAUAUAAAAGUUAGAGUGAAUAUGAAGAUACCGAAGAAUAAACAAGGUCUGACAGGACAACGAUGGUUCAGUUUGAGGGAAGCUGAACGACAGGAUUUGAAUCUGACACUGUUAUGGGCUGUUCAUGAACUUCCUUUCUAUACUGGAGAAGACUCCCCGAGGGAACAUAUCAAGUCCGUAGCCUGGUAUAUAGAUCAUGUUCCUACAAGGGAAAACGUAACAAUAGUUAUACAUAAUAUGAUGCAUUUUGCAAGAACAACGCCGUCGGAAUUUCGUGCACAUAUUCGGAAUGUCAAAUUUGCUAUAGGCAGAUUGUUUAAAAGAGUCCCUGGAGCUAGGGUGUUUGUAAAAGGACCACACUCUGCAACGUUUAUCGAUCUUCUUAAACCUUUAGAUUACAUACGAAAAAUUCACGAACAAUUAUUUUACGAAGAAUUUAAGGAAUUCCAUGAUAAGGUAACUUAUUUGAAUGAAUGGGAUAUAACUACCAGUAUUGAUAACACCAACGUUCAUCCAAGUCAAUUCACUGUUAGCGAUAUGGUUAAUAACUUAUGUUAUACUUGUGUGAAGUUUAGAAACCAUUCUGCAGAGUUUAAAAUCUCCAGGCCUCAGUGUUAUCUCGUGGCAGUAGAGGGAGCUGGAGUGAUAAGUGUUCCCACGAUGAUCAAGCAAGGAGGUGGUCUCAUGGGCAAGGAUACAGUUGAAACCUCGGAAGUCUCGUUGCAUGAUUGUGAGGAGAGGAAGAAUAAGCCAGUAGAGUACAAUGAAGGCCUAGGGAGAGAUGAUCCCUUCAAUCAUUGGCAAUACAAUCAAAUGCCUAGGAAAAUGGUUCGACGACACCGUGGAAGAUGGUCACAACCAGAAGAAUACCCAGGACCAGGUACACCAAUGGAUGAAGAGGAUAAACAAGUCAGGACUUCCGGGAAAGUAUCAGGCUUGGAAGCACCAGCAUGGCAUGCUACCGAGACUGACAUGGUUGCAGUUGCUGUAUGGGAUCCCAAUGACGCAGAGGAGACUUUAGAGAGGGUGGUGAACAGGUAUCUGAGAAAAUGGCUAGGAGUCCCGCCAAGCUUCACAGAUAUUGGUCUGUAUGGACGUUCUACAGAGUUACAACUGCUACUUGUGUCAGUGAGUCAGUGA